AUGGCUCACCGAGGCUUUGACGACGAGGAGCUGACCAUUUCGCUCUCGUCGACGCACGUCCGCCGGCAACAGCAGCACCAGCACCAACCCCACCAUCGCCAUGAUGCCGACCGACUGCCCAAGCCGGUGUCUCAAACCGUAGGCGCUCCCCCCAAGGAAAAGUCAAAGACGGAGCAACGCAUCGGCGCCUACAAGGUUAUUCGCACUCUGGGAGAAGGCUCGUUUGGUAAAGUCAGACUCGCCACCCACAUCGGUACCGGCCAACAGGUCGCGCUCAAGAUUAUCGCCCGCAAGAAGCUCAUCAGUCGUGACAUGGUCGGUCGCGUGGAACGAGAGAUCGAGUACCUGCAGCUGCUACGUCACCCCCAUAUCAUCAAAUUAUACACCGUUAUUAAGACAUCGACCGAGAUCAUCAUGGUCCUCGAAUACGCCGGCGGAGAAUUGUUCGACUAUAUUGUACAAAACGGCCGCAUGAAGGAGCCCGAAGCCCGUCGCUUCUUUCAGCAAAUGCUCUGCGCCGUCGAGUACUGCCAUCGUCACAAGAUUGUUCACCGCGAUCUCAAACCUGAGAACCUGCUCCUCGACGAGAACCUCAAUGUCAAGAUUGCCGAUUUCGGUUUGAGUAACAUUAUGACGGACGGAAACUUCCUCAAGACGUCCUGCGGCAGCCCGAAUUACGCUGCGCCAGAAGUCAUUGGCGGAAAGCUCUACGCUGGCCCCGAAGUUGACGUCUGGAGCUGUGGCGUCAUCCUCUACGUCCUGCUUGUCGGACGCUUGCCCUUUGACGACGAGCACAUCCCCAGUCUCUUUGCCAAGAUUGCGAGAGGAACAUAUAGUAUGCCCCAAUGGAUGCCGAGCGGCGCAGCCAACCUCAUCAAGAGAAUGCUCGUCGUCAAUCCCGUGCAGCGUGCCACGAUCGAGGAUAUCCGCCAGGACCCAUGGUUUAUGACCGAUCUCCCCGCUUACCUGCAGCCUCCCGUCGAGGAGUUCCUCAACACUGGUGUGGACCCUAAUAAAGCUAUUGAAAAGAGCGACAUUGCCCCCAACGCCUCUGUCAAGGUGCAAGAACGCCUACAUAACGAGGUUACCGACAAGAUCAGCAGAACCAUGGGUUACGGAAAGACUGAUGUUGAGGAGGCUCUCCAAUCAGAGGAGCCCUCUGCCAUCAAGGAUGCAUACAUGAUUGUUCGCGAAAACAAAAUGAUGCAAGUCAGCCAACUGUCAGAAGCUAUCGCAGCCGAAACCGAAGAAGGCAGCCCAGUCAUGAGCAUGUCCUCGGUACGAUCGGGAGUCCCACAGCCGCCACGCCCAUACGUUAGCAAAGUUGGUAUUCUGCCCUCAAGUAUCGGCACAUAUCACAAAGACUAUAUUGAGCGUGCAAAGUCGGGUGUAGAAGACACAGCGCCCGCCGAGAUGGCCAUUAACGAUGAGCCGCUUUCGGCCCGCACUGAUGCUGAGAAGGAAGAGGCGUCUCGACGCCUCAAGCCUCACUCGCGCUCGCAGAAGCAGUUGGAGGAAGGCAGCAAGAGACCACAGGGCAUGACACCCAUCAACCCGCCGAAGAAGACAAAGCCUGUUCGCUGGCAAUUUGGCAUUCGGUCGCGUAACGCCCCGUGGGAGGCGCUUUUGUGCAUCCACAAGGCGCUAUACAAGCUGGGCGCCGCGUAUAUCCCGGAUGAAGACUAUGCGAGGCUGCGUCAACAAGAAGGAGAGACGCCAGUUGAGGAGGAGAAGCCCGAUCCCUUGGACGCGAAGGACCCCACCCACCGGUAUAAGCUACCCGCGGAUCCGUGGCACAUUCGCGUGCGCUGGGAGACUAAGAUCAUGCGCAGCACAAAUACCAACACGCCGACAGAGACCGAGGGCAAGGACGAUGGCAAGAUGCCCGACACGUACCAGGUGCUGCUGGAGGGCAAGGCCGCGCAGAAGCGAGACUUUGUGGCGCUGCACCUGGGCAUCCAAAUCUACGAAAUGGAGCAGGGUGUGUACCUGGUGGACUUUAAGUGCUCAGGCUACGAGACGGCCGAUGGCAAGCUGCUGGAGGAGAAGGAGGUGAUGAGCCCGUUUCCGUUCCUGGACAUGGCGGCGCGUCUGAUUAUGCAGCUUGCAGAAGCAGAUUGA